AUGAGGCCGCGGCCCGACGGGCGGGCGCUCCGGGCGGGGGCCGCGCUGUCGCCCGCGCUGCUGCUGCUGCUGCUGCUGCCGCCGCCGCCGCCGCUGCCGGGACCCCUGUGGGCGGCGGGCACCCCCGCGCCGGCUGCCCCCGGGGCUCGGCAGGACGGCGCGCCCGGCGCGGGCCGCGUGAAGCGCGGCUGGGUGUGGAACCAGUUCUUCGUGGUGGAGGAGUACACGGGCACCGAGCCCCUGUACGUGGGCAAGAUCCACUCAGACUCCGAUGAGGGUGACGGAGCCAUCAAGUACACCAUCUCGGGCGAGGGCGCUGGGACCAUCUUCCUCAUUGAUGAGCUGACCGGAGACAUCCAUGCCAUGGAGCGCCUGGACCGUGAGCAGAAAACUUUCUACACGCUGAGGGCUCAGGCUCGGGAUCGUGCCACCAACCGCCUGCUGGAGCCCGAGUCAGAGUUCAUCAUCAAGGUGCAAGACAUUAACGACAGUGAACCCCGCUUCCUGCACGGCCCCUACAUCGGGAGCGUUGCCGAGCUCUCACCUACAGGCACGUCGGUGAUGCAGGUGAUGGCCUCGGAUGCGGAUGACCCCACGUACGGCAGCAGCGCUCGGCUGGUGUACAGCGUGCUGGAUGGCGAGCACCACUUCACCGUGGACCCCAAGACCGGCGUGAUCCGGACAGCCGUGCCUGACCUCGACCGCGAGAGCCAGGAGCGCUACGAGGUGGUGAUCCAGGCCACAGACAUGGCGGGCCAGCUGGGCGGCCUCUCUGGCUCCACCACCGUCACUAUCGUGGUCACCGAUGUCAAUGACAACCCACCUCGUUUCCCGCAGAAGAUGUACCAGUUCAGCAUCCAGGAGUCGGCCCCCAUCGGCACUGCUGUGGGACGAGUGAAGGCCGAGGACUCAGACGUAGGCGAGAACACAGAUAUGACUUACCACCUCAAGGAGGAUAGUGGCGGCGGCGGCCACGUGUUCAAGGUCACCACGGACAGCGACACCCAGGAGGCCAUCAUUGUGGUGCAGAAGCGCCUGGACUUCGAGUCCCAGCCGGUGCACACCGUGGUGCUGGAGGCCCUCAACAAGUUCGUGGACCCCCGCUUCGCUGACCUGGGCACGUUCCGCGACCAGGCGAUCGUGCGCGUGGCCGUGACCGACGUGGACGAGCCCCCCGAGUUCCGGCCGCCCUCCGGCCUCCUGGAGGUGCAGGAGGACGCGCAGGUGGGCUCCCUGGUCGGCGUGGUGACGGCGCGGGACCCCGACGCCGCCAACCGGCCCGUCCGGUAUGCCAUCGACCGCGACUCGGAUUUGGACCAGAUCUUUGAUAUCGAUGCGGACACGGGCGCCAUCGUGACGGGCAAGGGGCUGGACCGCGAGACGGCCGGCUGGCACAACAUCACGGUGCUGGCCAUGGAGGCGGACAAUCAUGCCCAGCUCUCCCGGGCAUCCCUCAGGAUCCGAAUCCUGGAUGUGAACGACAAUCCCCCAGAGCUGGCCACCCCCUACGAGGCAGCUGUGUGUGAGGACGCCAAGCCAGGACAGCUUAUCCAGACCAUCAGCGUUGUGGACAGAGAUGAGCCUCAGGGUGGGCACCGUUUCUAUUUCCGCCUGGUGCCUGAAGCUCCCAGCAACCCUCACUUCUCCCUGCUUGACAUCCAAGACAACACAGCAGCGGUGCACACUCAGCACUUGGGCUUCAACCGGCAGGAGCAGGACGUGUUCUUCUUGCCCAUCCUGGUGGUGGACAGCGGGCCGCCCACGCUGAGCAGCACGGGCACGCUCACCAUCCGCAUCUGUGGCUGUGACAGCUCUGGCGCCAUCCAGUCCUGCAACACCACAGCCUUUGUCAUGGCUGCUUCCCUCAGCCCCGGCGCCCUCAUCGCCCUCUUGGUCUGUGUCCUCAUCCUGGUCGUGCUGGUGCUGCUGAUCCUCACCCUCAGGCGCCACCACAAGAGCCACCUGAGCUCGGACGAGGACGAGGACAUGCGGGACAAUGUCAUCAAAUACAACGACGAGGGCGGCGGCGAGCAGGACACGGAGGCCUACGACAUGUCGGCGCUGCGGAGCCUCUACGACUUCGGCGGCGAGCUCAAGGGCGGCGACGGCGGCGGGGGCGCGGGCGGGGGCGCGGGCGGGGGCGCGGGCGGGGGCGCGGGCACCCCCCCGCAGGCCCACCUGCCGUCCGAGCGCCACUCGCUCCCGCAGGGGCCGCCGAGCCCCGAGCCAGACUUCUCGGUGUUCAGGGACUUCAUCAGCCGCAAGGUGGCGCUGGCGGACGGGGACCUGUCGGUGCCGCCCUACGACGCCUUCCAGACCUACGCCUUCGAGGGCGCGGACUCGCCGGCCGCCUCGCUCAGCUCGCUGCACAGCGGCUCGUCGGGCUCCGAGCAGGACUUCGCCUAUCUCAGCGGCUGGGGCCCGCGCUUCCGGCCCCUGGCCGCGCUCUACGCCGGCCACCGCGCGGACGACGAGGCCCCGGCCUCCUAGCCCCUCCGCGCCGCCCGC